AUGGAGACCUCAGAGAACAUGAACGUGCGGGAAGAGCAGAAUGCCGCCCCAAGAGCUUUGAGGCAUCGGUAGCGAUACUUGUGUUGAGAAAAGCUCGUGUUGUCCUUCUCAUUUUCUCUUGGCGCGCAUUUCUCUCCUUCGUCGUCUUGGAGCGUGAUUGCAAUGUCGGCUGAUUUCUUAGCCGUGUGGAGUGCAACGUUUGCUUGUUUCGUAGUGUAGGUUUGUGGUUCGGGGUCUCCGAUGUGUACUGGCUUUGCUCAACUCUCUGUUGGCCGUACCUACCAGCAAGGUACGCAGCAGCCUGUUUUUUUUUGUGAGGGGGCAGAACGGAUGGCGCACUUUGUGGCCAUCCCCCGACAUCAUAUCGGGCGAGGUACCUUCGAUUUAAAAUACCGUUUUCCGAUGCUCCAUCACGCCGUCACGAUUGCUGACAUACGGUACAGUGUGUGAACUUUCUUCGGCGUUGAGGGGGUUGAGUCAUCGCCGAGGUCAUGUGCCCAAGAGUUUCGUCAACCCCCUUGAGCCCCUUUUUGUGGUAGUGCAAAGCAGCGGCAAGUGUCGUACAGGCAUUGCCAUCACCCCCCCGCAAUACCACACCCCUUCAGGGUGCGGCAGCAGCGGUUCAACUCCACAAGCAGUGUAUCACACCCCCUUUUCAUCACACCCCCGAACACAUCUUUGAGUGUUUCGACGAGUUAUCACACCCCCUGUUUAUCAC